GAAGCAGGGCGAGUAUGCGCGCUCCCGCGGCCCUCGUCAUAGACAACAAAGCCAAACGUCUUCCAUAACACUUCUUUAAGCUAGCAACAUCGCGCUAGUAUGGAUCUAUUGUGGCUGUAGCGGCGCUGGACAUCGAGCCUCGUCGGCUGCUGGGGACGGCAGGACUUUAAAAUCAGCAGAAAUAAGCGCGGACUUUUUGUCUUUUUUUUUUUUUACUCCGGCGUUGCUUUUGUCUCAUCACCGCCGCUUCAAGUGCACCGCAUUCGGCUCGAGUGGCUCCUGCCGUCCGCCGUCAGGAUGCAUCACAUCCCCGUGUUGGCACCGACAAGUAGCCGCUGAAAGGGCCUGAGAGCAUCCCGCACCCCAGCGGCUCGUCACGGAGCCCGGAGUCCGUGUGAGAGGCCACCGUUGUCGGCGACAUGGCGGAGCAAGGCUACUCCUCCUGGGCCUACUCUUUAGUGGACUCCAGCCAGGUGUCCACCUUCCUUAUCUCCAUCCUUCUCAUCGUCUAUGGCAGCUUCAGGUCAUUAAACAUGGACUGUGAGAACCAAGAGAAAGACAAAGAUGGCAACCCCAUAACGACGGGCUCCUUCAACGGCAACAACACAAACAGCAGUGAGUGUUGCCCUCAGACGCUCGAUCUCCAAGACCUUGGUGAUAACGCUAACCUGCUCUCCGGUCCUUGUGCGGCAGGUAUUCAGACCAUAGACUCCACGCAGGCGCUCUUUCUCCCCAUAGGAGCCUCCGUGUCCCUGCUGGUCAUGUUCUUCUUCUUUGACUCGGUGCAGGUGGUCUUCACCAUCUGCACGGCAGUGCUCGCUACCAUCGCGUUCGCUUUCCUCCUCUUGCCAAUGUGCCAGUAUCUGACCAGACCCUGCUCCCCGCAGAACAAGAUUUCGUUCGGCUGCUGCGGUCGCUUCACUCUGGCCGAGCUGCUGUCCUUCUCGCUGUCGGUGCUGUUGGUGCUGAUCUGGGUGCUGACUGGACACUGGCUCCUCAUGGACGCGUUAGCCAUGGGCUUGUGUGUGGCCAUGAUAGCCUUUGUGCGACUACCCAGUCUCAAGGUGUCCUGCCUGCUGCUCUCAGGGCUACUCAUCUACGACGUCUUCUGGGUGUUCUUCUCAGCCUACAUCUUCAACAGCAACGUGAUGGUCAAGGUGGCCACCCAGCCGGCUGAGAAUCCCAUCGACGUCCUGUCCAGGAAGCUGCACCUGGGGCCCGGCAUGGGCCGCGACGUGCCACGCCUCUCCUUACCCGGAAAACUGGUCUUUCCCAGCUCCACAGGAAGUCACUUCUCCAUGCUGGGAAUCGGAGACAUCGUGAUGCCCGGCCUGCUCUUGUGCUUCGUGCUGCGUUACGACAACUACAAGAAGCAAGCCAGCGGCGAGGCAGCAGGGCCCGGGAACGUGCCUGGGCGCAUGCAGCGAGUCUCCUAUUUCCACUGCACUCUCAUCGGAUACUUUGUGGGUCUGCUGACAGCCACCGUGGCUUCCAGGAUCCACCGUGCUGCUCAGCCUGCUCUGCUCUACCUGGUGCCCUUCACCCUGCUGCCUCUGCUCACCAUGGCCUACCUGAAGGGGGAUUUGCGGCGCAUGUGGUCAGAACCUUUCCACACCAAACCCAGCUCCCGCUUCCUGGAGGUAUGAUGAACCCAGCCAAUGAGUGGCCAGCACCUGAGGGCAGGGGGCGGGGUUAGGGGACAGCAGAUCCCUCCCCUCCCCCAACUACCACGCCCAUUGUGGAUUGGGGGGGGGGGGGUGUCGUCACCAUGAGACCAUGUGGUCAUCACUCAUCAUGUUACAACACACAAACACACUUGUGUGUGUUCACUCGGGGUGGUCUCUUCCACUUUAUCUACAUCACUCCAAAUAAUAUGUCUAUGUAUAUAUACAUAAAUAUGU